GAUUUGGAGAGCAGAUCCUAGAUUUGUUGAUUCUAAGUCAAUUUCAGCAUCGCGAUGUCAAAUGCGACUACAGGCAGCCGUAAGAUCUUCAGCCUUCCGGCGGUGACUCCCAGCACCUCCGUCAAUUCCGUGUCUCUCAUCCACGUUCUUUCCCUGCUCGCCGACGACGUCCUCGCCCUCCGCGGCGCCGCCUUCCCCGUACACCGCAAGUACGCCCGCGAGGCGCUCCGCCAGGUCGUCGUGAUCCGCGAGUUCCUUGCCGACGUUGUCGCCGAGGCCCUCCCUGCCUCCGCCUUUGUCGGGCUAGCGGAGCUCCACGUCGCGCUGCAGAAGCUCGGGCAUCUCCUUCGCGACCUCGCCCGCCCUGGUGCCCGUCUCUGGGUGCUGGUUAACUCGGAUCGGGUGUCGAACAACUUCAGAGCGCUGUUCAGAUCCGUGGCCACCGCCCUCGAAGUCCUUCCUCUCGGCGCCGCAUCGCCGGAAGUGAUGGAGCUGGUUCAACUCGUGGCCGAGCAAGCGUGGAAGGCGGAGGGCGGGACCUUGCCGUCCGACGCGCUCGCCGCGCGGAUUGUGUGGUCCGCGCUCGCCCUUUUCGAGAACGGCAUUGAGCCCGAUCCGAUCGAUCUCAAUGAUCUCAUGGAACACUUGCAAAUCAGAAGCUGGUCGGAUUGCAGUGAGGAGAUCACCUUCCUCGAGGACUUAUUCUUCGAUUGCGAAGAAAAUGAAGCAGCUUCAAUAGGUAGCUUGGAGGCGCUCAUGGCCUACUGCCGAGCAACUUUAUUCGACGCCGACGACCACAAUAAGAGAACCGGUGGAAACCAAUUCAAGGCUCUACAUCGACCAGUGAAUCAUGUGAACUUGGACGACCUCCGGUGCCCCAUCUCUCUGGAGCUCAUGCUCGACCCCGUGACGAUCGCCACGGGGCAGACCUACGACCGCGCCUCCAUAUCCAAGUGGCUCAAGUCCGGCUGCCUUACCUGCCCCGUCACCGGCAAGAAGCUCACCGACACCACUUUUGUCUCCAAUUACGCCGUCCAGCAUUUGGUCGAACAGCUCUGCGCCAGCAAGAACCUCUCCUUCCCCGAACCCAAUUCAAAGCAAAAGCGUGAUGGGAGCAAAACUGCGACGCCGCCGAGCUCUGCCGCGGCUGGUGCAAUGAAGAUGGCGGCGGCAUUCCUCGUCCGCAAGCUCGCGUUCCCGACGAGCCUGGAACAGAGGAGGGCCGCGUUCGAGGUCAGGAGGCUAUCGAAAUCCAACGUGUUCAACAGGGCUUGUUUGGUGGAGGCCGGCGCUGUGCCGUGGCUCCUCCAUCUCUCCUCCUCGAUGGACUCGUCAACGCAGGACAACGCGAUGGCGGCGCUGCUGAAUCUCUCGAAGCACCCAAGCGGCGCAAGGGCAAUCGUCGAGGUCGGUGGACUCGGCCUCGUUGUGGACGUCAUCAGACUAACUUUCAAGGUGGAGGCGCAGCAGAACGCCGUGGCCAUCCUAUUCUACCUCUCGUUGGUAGAGGAAUACCGCGCCGCAAUCGGGGAUUUGCCAGAGGCGAUUCCCUUGCUGGUGGAGUUGAUGAGGGAAGGAUCUUACCGUGGAAAGAAGAACGCCAUCGUCACAAUCUUCGGUCUCUCACUCUGUUCAAGCAACCAAGUAAAGAUUUUGGAAUCAGGGGCAGUCCCGGCGCUAAUGGCUCUUCUCUCCGGCCAAGAAAAGGGGAACCUUGCUAACGACUCAAUGGCGGUGCUCGCAAAGAUCGCCGAGCAUCCGGACGGAACGGCGAAGAUCCUAUGCUACGACGGGGCAAUCUCUCGCCUAGUGGAGUUCUUCCGGUCUACGGGGACGUCGCGGUCGGGGAGGGAAAGCUGCGUAUCGGCGUUGUUGUCGCUGUGCGUGAACGGCGGGGCGGAGGUGGUGGAAUUGCUGCGGAGUAUGCCGGUGGUGAUGCCGCCGUUGUACUCACUGGUGACCGAGGGGUCGCCGCAGGCAGGGAAGAAGGCGAGAUCGCUGCUCAACAGAAUACACGAGGUGUGACGCCAAUGGUUUUCACAUUUUGGAGCAUAUAUAUUUUUGUUUUUCUUUAAAUUAAUCAGAUUUAAAUCACUGCUCGUAUUUUAAAAGAGCUGUGAAUUUGAGAGAUUAUAUAAUAUUUAUAAGUAUAUUAAUUGUAUAGAUAUUCUGUAUUUAUAUACUUGAUUGUAAUUUGAUGUAUGAUUUGAAUGC